UGACAAAAUACAUUGGGCAAACAGCGGUGGGAUUUCUUACGGGAAAGCAAGCAGGGGUUUAUCAUGGGGUAGAGGCAGAACUAACUUCGGAAUAAAAGUUUACUCUUCCCUCAAAUAGUAACAUUUUUGUGAAUAGCUAACUUAGUGUGAUAUACGUUGUGCUGCGCUGAGUAACGAUCGCUAAGUAAAAGGUUGUGAAACUGGGAGUAGGAUCGAAACGUGGAAAAUCUCUGCGAGCGAGAACAAGGGACAAGGAGCGAGUUCGGAUUUAUGGCAAAGGGGAAAAGUGAUAGCUAACUGGCGUCAACUGUAGCUACCCCAAGUGUUUAUCAUUCAUUCGUUGUGCGAAAAUAAGCUGGUGGAAAACACAUUGAACAGAAACGACGUGCUACACAUCUGGAACUUCAGAACCAAGGAGAGGAGCAGGGCGGCGAUGUUGGGGGUGUGAUGAAGCUGUAGGGGCCAAUGACGGCGCCGAUGGCGGACGUUCAGCCAAUCGCAGUGGAGAUAAAGCGGGAGGAGCCGGAGCCGGGGACCGGCCUGGAGAACGGACGUGUGUCGCCCCCCGCAGGCUCGGGGGAGGAAGCGCCCCCUGGCGGUCUGGGCUCGGACGAGGUCCCCCGGGACGGAGAGCGGACUGAGACGAAGCGGGAGCUGGAGAGGAGCGGCGGAGCAGGGGGAGUGAAGACGCCCGACAGCCCUGCACCAUGCGGCAGCUGCACCGACCCGUCCCAGACGAGCGCCCUGUCGCUGUCGGACCAGCUGCUCCUGGGCCGGGAUGACCCCGCGGCCGCGGGCAUCAACGUGGAGUGCCGAAUCUGCGGCGACAAGGCCUCAGGCUUCCACUACGGCGUGCACGCCUGCGAGGGCUGCAAGGGCUUUUUCAGGCGCACCAUCCAGAUGAAGCUGGAGUACGAUCGCUGUGAGCGCAGCUGCAGGAUCCAGAAGAAGAGCAGGAACAAGUGCCAGUACUGCCGCUUCCAGAAGUGCCUGCUGCAGGGCAUGUCCCACGAUGCGAUCCGAUACGGCCGCAUGCCGGAGGCGGAGAAGCGGAAGCUGGUGGCCGGGCUGAUGGCGGGAGAGAAGGGCGGCCAAAGCCCCGGCCGGUCGGACCUGAAGGGCCUAGCCAAGCGCGUCAACAACGCCUACCUGAAGCACCUCAACAUGACCAAGAAGAAGGCCCGCAGCAUCCUGACCGGCAAGACCAGCUCCUCCUCGCCCUUUGUCAUCCAUGACAUGGACUCGCUGUGGCAGGCGGAGAACGGGCUGGUCUGGAGUCAGCUGAUCAACGGCACGCCGCCCAACAAGGAGAUCGGGGUGCACGUGUUCUACCGCUGCCAGUGCACCACCGUGGAGACGGUGCGUGAGCUCACUGAGUUCGCCAAGAACAUCCCCGGGUUCGCCGACCUCUACCUCAACGACCAGGUGACCCUGCUGAAGUACGGCGUGCACGAGGCCAUCUUCGCCAUGCUGCCCUCGCUGAUGAACAAGGACGGGCUGCUGGUGGCGGAUGGGCGGGGCUUCGUCACGCGCGAGUUUCUGCGCAGCCUGCGCCGGCCCUUCAGCGAGAUCAUGGAGCCCAAGUUCGAGUUCGCUGUCCGCUUCAACGCCCUGGAGCUGGACGACAGCGACCUCGCCCUCUUCGUGGCCGCCAUCAUCCUCUGCGGGGACCGGCCGGGGCUGAUGAACGUGAGGCAGGUGGAGGAGAUCCAGGACAGCAUCGUGCAGUCGCUGGACCUGCACCUGCAGGCCACGCACGCACACGCCCUGCACCUCUUCCCCAAACUGCUGCAGAAGAUGGCCGACCUGCGGCAGCUGGUCACCGAGAACGCCCUGCUCGUCCAGAAGAUCAAGAAGACCGAGUCAGAGACCUCCCUGCACCCCCUCCUGCAGGAGAUCUACAAGGAUAUGUACUAGGCUACAGUUUCAUUUAAAUACCUACCUAAAGAUAUGUGCUAUCUUUAAUAGUAUAUGAAGUGUAUAUACAUAUGCGUGUGUGUGUGCGAGAGAGCGUGUUGAGCGGGGGACUGAACUGUUACAUGGUGACAGGAGGCCUGUCACUGCUGGGAGGCCUGCGCAGGGUCCUGCGGUGGAGCGGCCAUUUUGUAUUGGA